AACGAUUGAACCACGGUCGUACCAUAAAAUACCAUACCACAGACGGAUCCGGUAUGACUUCCGGUACGGUUUCCUUUACCAUGUAAUAUAGAGAAUUGUUUUCUUUGAUAAUUUUGAAUGGGCUCAAUUUACAAUAGGGCCAAUAGUUUUUACUAAGGAACAAUGGGUCUAGCAAUAAACUGCUCAAUGGGCCGAAAUGUUUUCUUUGAUAAUCUUGAAUGGGCUCAAUUUACUAUGGGGCCAAUAGUUUUUACUAAGGAACAAUGGGUCUAGCAAUAAACUGCUCAAUGGGCCGAAAUGCUUCUCAAAUCUCCACCCAAACCUGCAGAGAAGAUAAACUCAAUAAUGAUGUUUGAUCAUGUUCUCAUUUUCCUAUGCACGGAUGACAUUUUCACCCGCGUCACCAAUCCCACCACAACUAAGUAAUGGCGCGAAAUAUCGAUAUGGUUGAACAAAGUGAGAGAGACGCCGAGAGCCCCAUUUUGCAGUGACGCCCUGCUGUGACGCCAUUACCAUCCCUUUUUUUAAACUGGGUAGUUUCAUUGAAUUAGUGUCAUCACACUCUAAAUUGAGAACCAAAAUGAUUCAGCACUAAGAAAAAACUAACCAUGCCGCCAUCAUCAUCGCGGCAGGCGACAGCAGCUGCUGCUCGACGCAAAAAGCAACGCUCGUCGUCUUCUUCCCUUUCACCCCCGCCAAACCAUGUGCAGCACAUGAAUUCUGAGCUCAUUCCAUUCAUCCCCCUCCUCUCCCACCUGGUUUUCUGCAACCCUUCUUCCCCCCUCCACCGCCCCCAACAAAUAUCCCAAAGUCAGAAGUUUAACCUCUUAAAAUAACCCAAACUCAUCAUUUAAUUUCAUUUGUCCUGUUUUGCUUUCCCCCUGUUUUUUUUCCAAAUUUCUCCGACUCUUUUUCCCCAGCCACCGCCAUGGCCAUCAAUCACUCUUCCACCUAUACCUCUGUCAUCGUUUGGGCGACGACACUAUUUAGGGGACGAGCCCCCUUCCGGGGUCUGCAAGUCGGUGCAGAAAAUCUUGCUAACAAAAACAAAAAAGAAUGGUUCGAAUUGACGAGCCAUCCAUUUCGGAUGUUCUAGAAGCAGAGGAAGAACAAGAGCUGGUAGACGCGGCGGAAUCAGGGGAAGCGGAGGCAGAGGAGGAACCGAUUGGAUACGAUGAGCUGAAGAGGCGGAUGUGGAAGGAUCGAUUACGACUCCAGAAGUUCGAAGAGAAUCGAGGGACUGCUGCUGCUACGACAAAGGAGCUGGCGCUGAAGCCGGAAACGGCUUCGUGUUCUUCCUCCACGAGUAAACAGGAAGCUUCGAGAAGGAAGAAGAUGGCUCGAGCGCAGGACUCGAUUUUGAAAUACAUGGUCAAGAUCAUGGAGGUCUGCAAGGGUCAAGGUUUCGUCUACGGGAUCAUACCGGAGAAGGGGAAACCGGUGAGCGGAUCCUCCGACAGCCUCCGCAGCUGGUGGAAAGAGGCGGUGCGAUUCGACCACUCCGCGCCCGAGGCCAUCGUCCAAUUCCAAUCCUCCGCCGUGCCUCCCGCAGUCGCCGCCGCCGCCGCCGCGGCUACCUACCUCCACCGCCUCAACGAGCUCCAGGACACCACGCUGGGGUCCUUGAUUUCGGCGCUGAUGCAGCACUGCGCGCCGCCGCAGCGGCGGUUCCCUCUGGAGAGGGGGCUGGCGCCGCCGUGGUGGCCGACCGGGGACGAGAUCUGGUGGGAGCAGCAGGAGGCGGCGGCGAAGGAGCAAGGGCCGCCGCCGUACCGGAAGCCGCACGAUCUCAAGAAGUCGUGGAAGGUGAGCCUGCUGACGGCGGUGAUUAAGCACAUGGCGCCGGAUUUCCACCGGAUGCGGCGGCUGGUGAGGCACUCCAAGUGCCUGCAGGACAAGAUGACGGCGAAGGAGACGGCGAUUUGGUCUAACGUCGUUACUGAGGAGGAAGCCCUUCUCGGCGAGCAGCUGAGCAACAGCCUCCGAAUUUCGGAAACAGACCCUUCUUCCUCCUCUUCCACUUCCUCCUCUGUUUUGGCGGAGAAGAGGAAGGGCAAUUUCGGGAGAGAGGCGGCGGCGGAGGAGGAGGAGGUUCUGUAUCCCUGCCAGAACGAAGUGUGCCCGCAGAGCAAGCCGGGGCUAGGGUUUGCAGACAAGAACACCAGAUCGGGCCACCAAUUGGAUUGCGCUUUUUCGGAGAAGCUUCCUUUCGAGACGGACACAAGCUUGGAAACCAGCGGCAGCGAUGGCGACGACUACUAUCCUCUGCUGAGCAAUCACAAUCCGUUGCUCAGCCCGCCGAUGGUUACAGCUCAAGCGAGUAGCGAGCUGAGCGUGACCGAUUGGGCUAAUAUGGUGCUGGAAAGUGUUAAUGUCUACGGCGGAGGCGAACCGUUGUCGUCGAUGGAAACAGGGGAAGCUUCGGAGUACUGGAGUGGCAGCGGUAGCGGAAUCGAUGAACUGGGAUUGCCGCAGGAAACAACAGGGUUAGGGUUUGGAAGGUCGGAGCAUGAAUUGGACUUGAAUAUGUAUCCAUCACUGUUGGAUGAUCAUAAUCACAAUAACGGUGCUGAUUCAACAUCAAUCUGGGAUUUGGGUUAUGUGGAACCAACUAGCCCCAGCUAAAAUCUAAUCAAAUGAAGCAAAUGCG